ACUGAUUCUGUUAGGUUUCAGGUUCGGUUGACUCAACACUUUACCCAAUUGGUUGGGUCAAAUACAGUUCAUAUAAAAAUCCAUUGCCCUCUUCACAAACCUCCAUUUUCAACUGGACUGUGACCUGAUCAGACAACACUGGACUUCUCAAUUCAAAUAAAACAUGAUUUGAAAGAUGGAUGAGUUUGUAAAACAGAAGCUGACUGAAUGGAAACUUUCUGACCUAAUCCCUGCUUUUGAAGCUGAAAACAUUGAUGAAGAAAGCUUCUUUCUUUUGGAUGCUAACUGCCUGACAUCCCUGAUUCCUCACCUUGGUCCUCGUCUGAAAUUUCAACGUCAUUUUGCAAAAUUUCUCAAGACCUCUAGCCCUAAAACAACUGAAGAUGCUGAUCCUACACCACAUGCUGAAUUAGAGAGUGGAGUUUCUUCUGUUGGAAGAGCAGCAUUUAACAUCCGUGAGAUCCUCAGUGCCUCCCCUGAAGGUAGACCUGUGGUUAUCAGUCUAGAUGGAAAUCAGCAUAUGUCCAUUCGUGAAAGACGGUGCAUGGUCAGAACACUUGUGUCACACCUGAUGGAUCAAUAUGGAGAAAACCCAUCUUCAGACACUAAAGCAAUUCUGGCAUCUUCGAUUGUGGACCAGUUUCCAUGUUUAAGACAGCCAUGGCACAGGAUAUGUAAGUUUUCACACUUCAGAGAACUAGCACACAAGUACUUCAACAACUUGCACAAUGGACGCCUGGUUUACCCCCGGAAGACAACACAGGCCAGCAACUGGCUUCUGGAGGAGCGUCGCCAACCAACCAUCAGUGCUGAGCGUGCCAUCCAGAUGACAGAAUGGCUGAAAAAUAACUUUUGGCCCACAGACCAGGUUGUCCAAUACAUGCGGGAAACUGCAGUAUAUCGCGCAGGAUGGAUCCGCUCAAGUGGGACAAUCCCAAUGCAGCAGAUUUUUGCAGAGUUUCCACGUUUGUUGGACACACCAGGAAUGAUUUUGCAGGACUUUGCCGUUUUAUAUCCACAGUCUUGUGGAAAACUGACAGAGAACUGGAACACCUUGUUCUCAUCAAAGGUCAUUCGCAUGGGGAAGAAGGAGGAGAGCGGUCUUCUGCCUGAGAUUGAGUUGCUUCCACAAGCAUUUUAA